UAUCAUUAGUACUUUUAGAAAAGCGUCCAUUGAUGGAGAGAUGGACUUCUAUCCAAGAAACGACGUUCUUCCUUUGUUGGGGUUACAUCCACAUCCUUGUGUGAAGUUCGUUGUUCUAAAUGCGUUCGUUGUCCACUUCUGUUCGGAGCCUUCUUCAAGUGGACUGGCGUGUGAAAUGUGUUGUAGCCCAUAGGGUGGUCCUGAGUGGUGCGACAGGCAGUACACAUACAUAAAUCUCAUCACGAUCAACCGCUGGGGUGCACCCGCCCAAGCUGAGAAGGAUAGGCUACAUCUAUGGCUUCAGACCCUGUCAUUGAUCCAGACACAUUUUCGCCUUACUUUUCGGGUAUAUUUUAUCAUGCCAUUCUAAGCAACACAUAUUUGUGACAAGGGCGCUGGCACAUUUGUUUUAUUUUUCUUCAUUAUCUCAAGCGCUAUUGAGCAGAUAUAUGGUCUUUGUGUUUAUUGAGAAGAACAAUAGCUAUGAAAUUUCCACUGGAAAACCCUAGAAAACAAGUCAAUUUGGACCCGGAACAACAAGUGGCAGUCCAAACCAACUUGGUCCCUCCCAAGAAGGUCCAGUCAGGGAUGGUCCAAUCCAGCCCUGUCCAGGCCAGUGUGGCGGCCAUGCAGAACCCGAUGGGCUGUGAUCCCAAGGGGGCCAACGGCCACUGCCCCUUACCCCGGCUCUCCGUCUCCUCCCGUUCCGCCAGUGUGGUAGCCAGCAUGGACACCACCGGUGACCUCUUGGCCCUCCACUCUGUGAUGAAGUGGAAGACGGUGGUGGUGGUGUUUGUGGUGGUGGUGGCCUACUUGGUGGGUGGCGGCUUGGCCUUCCGGGCCCUGGAGCACCCUUUCGAGAGCAACCAGAAGGACAGCAUCACCCUGGAGAAAGCUUUGUUCCUGCAGAGGCACCACUGUGUAAUGCCUGCUGAACUGGAGGCACUCAUCAAGCAUUCCAUAGACGCUGUCAGUGCAGGAGUCAGUCCGAUCGGAGACACGUCUUACAACUCCAGUCACUGGGAUCUGGGCAGUGCUUUCUUCUUUGCUGGAACCGUGAUCACAACGAUAGGUUACGGGAACAUAGCACCCAGCACGGAGGGAGGGAAGAUCUUCUGCAUCCUGUACGCCAUAUUUGGCAUCCCGCUGUUUGGGUUCCUCCUGGCUGGCAUCGGAGACCAGCUAGGAACCAUAUUUGUCAAGAGCGUCUUGAGGGUGGAGAAGAUAUACAGGCAAAAACACAAACAGAUCAGCCAGACCAAAAUCAGAGUCACCUCCACCAUACUCUUCAUCAUAGCCGGGUGCAUAGUCUUCGUUGGCAUCCCGGCAGUCAUUUUCAAACACAUCGAGGGAUGGACGACUCUGGAUGCUAUCUACUUUGUCAUCAUCACGCUAUCAACGAUUGGCAUAGGGGACUAUGUGGCAGGUGGGGAUCGGAAGAUCGAGUACAUGAAGUGGUACAAGCCUCUGGUCUGGUUCUGGAUCCUGGUGGGCCUGGCCUACUUCGCUGCUGUCCUGAGCAUGAUUGGAGACUGGCUCAGAGUGCUGUCCAAAAAGACGAAAGAGGAGGUGGGGGAGUUCAAGGUCCAUGCGGCUGAAUGGAAGGCCAACGUGCGGGCCGAGUUCCGAGAGACGCGGAGGCGGUUGAGUGUGGAGAUCCAUGACAAGUUGCAGCGGGCCGCCACCAUCCGCAGCAUGGAGCGCAGGCAGCUGGGCCUGGAGCAGAGGGCCCACUCCCUGGACAUGCUCUCCCUAGAGAAGAGGGCUGUGUUUGCCAGCCUGGACCAGGGCCGCUUCAAAACCUCCUCCCAGGAGAGCAUCGACACCAAGCUGAAUAACUUGAGGUCGAAAGGGGCAGGGGAUCUUUGUUAUGACCAGCGGAGAGGCAGCGAGCAGACACAGCAGGCCUCGUCAGAGGAUAAUCUCUUCAACCUCCGCUUCCGCUCCCUCACCAAGCUGGCCAAGAGACACAAGAACCGCGACCUGAAGAGGAACAUUCCUGAGGACGUGCGGAGGGCCUGUGAGGCGAUGGAGAGGAGGAGGGAGGAGGAGGGAGUGGAGAAGGAGGAAGAGGUGGAGGUGGGGGAGGAAGAGGAAGGGGGCGAGAGGAAGGAAGGCAAUACCAGCUCAACGAAUAUAGAGUAUGCAGACGAAUGCUGAGGCCAAAGAAAGAGAGAACGAUAGAAUGUUGGAAGGAAGAGAGCUUGAGUCCCAGAAAAGUCCCUAUUUUGAUGUCUCAAAUUGUGCCUUGUUGUUUUUUCUUUUCAGAGCACCCUACUUCCUAUCCAACCCCACCCAACCCCCAACCGACAAAAUAGCAGACGCAAUGUGGGAUAGCUUCUCUUUUUUACCCAAGGCUUAUGUGAGCAAGUAACCCAGUGAACUCAUGCAGGGUUUCCUAAACCCGGUCUGGGGACCCCUGGGUGCACGUUUUGUUUUUUUGCCCUAGCACUUCAAAUAAGAUGAGUUGGUUAUUUGAAUCUCUGUAGUCCUUGUGUAACGGAUGUGAAAUGGCUAGCUAGUUAGCGGGUACGCGCUAGUAGCAUUUCAAUCAGUUACGUCACUUGCUCUGAGACUUAAGUAGUGUUGCCCCUUGCUUUGCAAGGGCCGUGGCUUUUGUGGAGCGAUGGGUAACGCUGCUUCGUGGGUGACUGUUGUCGAUGUGUGCAGAGGGUCCCUGGUUCGCGCCCGUGUCGGGGCGAGGGGACGGUUUAAAGUUAUACUGUUACAUUGAUGCUGUUGACCCGGAUCACUGGUUGCUGCGGAAAAGGAGGAGGUUGAAAGGGGGGUGAGUGUAACGGAUGUGAAAUGGCUAGCUAGUUAGCGGGUACGCGCUAGUAGCAUUUCAAUCAGUUACGUCACUUGCUCUGAGACUUAAGUAGUGUUGCCCCUUGCUUUGCAAGGGCCGCGGCUUUUGUGGAGCGAUGGGUAACGACUGUGCUUCGUGGGCGACCGUUGUUGAUGUGUGCAGAGGGUCCCUGGUUCGCGCCCGUGUCGGGGCGAGGGGACGGUUUAAAGUUAUACUGUUACACUUGGGUAAAAAACUAAAUCAACAAUUAUUCCUACAUUGGUUUUGAAAUAUAGCCCAAGGAUAAUCUACUCAUAUUUUAUAACAAACAACCCCUACACUACACUCUGAUUGUAUAUGAUUUUGAAACAAAAUUGGUGUCCAAUGCAGUCAACAUGAAGUCUAAAAACUUGAAAGCUCAGGGCGAGCUGUCCUGUUUGUUGUAAUUUUAACUAAAUGAAAUGUACUGAAUUCACUCUGUACUGUUAGUGGAACUAGAAACAAUUAAGGGAUUUUAAGGGCUGGGGUCAAUCUGAUCUCAAAGGAACGAUUCAAUUUAAUCUACUUUUACUGAUGAGGUUUUGAUGGCCAUUGGACCCAGUUCAUUCUGCACAUCAUAGGAACGGUUUAUUUGUGUGACAUUUUGUUACUUUAUUCUGUCAUUUAAGAUUGAUUAUGAAUUUCAUGUUUUUUAUUAAUUGUAUUUUACACAGCAUGUCUGUGUACAGUAUCUAUGUAAUAUCAAUUUCUGCAAUUCAUUUUUUUUCACAGUAAAAGAGAAUACAAUUAUAUCUGUCCACCAUACGCUACAUGUAUGUGUUAGUGUUUUUCCCUCACACAAUCAGAUCAAGUAUUGCAUUUACCUAUACUGAGGCAGGAACUUUACCUUAUGGGUUGUAGCCACUUUACAGAUGAUUAAUGUUUUUGGUCCUUUGCUAUGUUUUUGUCAUUGAUGUGCUUCCUGAAGCUUUACCUACUGGGCAAAAACUAGUUGAAUCAAUGUUGUUUCCAUGUAAUUUAAACCCCAAAAAUCUACGUGAUGUCAUUGAAUGAACGUGAAAAACUUGUUGGAUUUGCAAAAGUCAUCAACGUAAGGGAAUUUCAUUUUUUUUCACUCAACUUUGAACCUAAAUCCAAUGAAAUGGUGACACUUGUUGAUUUCGAAACUAAACGUUGAACUGACGUCUGUGCCCAGUGGGUACUCAUUAAUCAAAAACACUAAUUGUGUGAAUGGUGGUAACAACUUUUACUCUGUCAAAUACAAUUACAUAAUGGUUUUAGGUAUGAAUGAGCUAGCCUCUCCAUGAUUUAUUAAGGGAACACAUGAUUAUUGGAUUUUUGGAAGUCUAGUUAUGUUCCUCUACGGUGGAACAUUGAAUUCUGUCUCUGGUCCCUCUGGUCUUCUGCAUAGUCAAAGAAGGAACAGAUGCUGUCGGGACUUAGGCUCACUCAUCAUAUCAACAUCAACAACAACAACAACAACAACAACAACAAUAUCAUAUUGGAUUGACUGAAAAGAUUGUAGUCCUGAUAAUGAAUAAUUUAAGUACUGGUUGUAACCUCUAUUUCUUGAAUUCUAUCAUAAAAAUGGCUUACCAUGAUAAUGACCUUUCUAAGAACCAGAGUGGUUUUCCUUGCUCAGUCUUUUUUUGUGCAAACAUUACAUCAAAUGAAGUGAGUGCCUUUCUGGGAAUAAAUAUCACCAAGGAAAAUUAA